UGUUCAUAUCAUAAAGAUAAUUCUCACUUUAAGGACUAUUCUGAAAGAUGAACAACUUUUUGGCCGUAUCUGUUUUACUCGCCAUAGCAGUAGCAUUAUGUGACGGACAAUGUCAUAUGAGUCUCCCAGAUGGUGAAACGCCAACGUUAGGAUGUCAUUGGAAUGGGGACUUUAUCAAUGUCAUGUCGCAUCUGACCAAGAACUGUGAAACAUGCUACUGUAACGAGGGAGGUGCUUUGAGCUGCUGUGUUAACGGAGUACAUGUUGUACAUGUGCCUGAAGACUGUAAAAUAGUGAAAGCAGAAGAUGGCUGUGGCGACAGGGCCGUGAAAGUGGAAAACGAAAACGAGGAUUGUACCCAUGACAUUGCUGCCAUAAGUCGGAGAGACGUAGAGUAAAUGUAUGAUUAUAUGUUAAUAAAAUUCAUGAAUGAAUUUCAAAUGAA